AUGUUGCAACAAAAUAUUCUGUCAGCAGCGAACUCUACAUCCCCUCUGCAACAUUUGAAUAAUAUUUUUGGUUUGAAUUUCAAUCCAACGCAACCACAACAACUUCCUCCAAACCAAUUACCAUCGAUAUCACCAGCUACCGCAAUGCCCUUAGCCGCCACUUCGAUUUUUCAUAUUCAAAAUAAUUUACAACAUUUAUUGGCUGGUAUUACAGCCCCACAACAACAACAACAUCAGCAGCAACAACAACAAUUUAAUCAACUCUAUCAAGAAUUCUAUGGCAACAUGUUGCCCCAGCCCCAACACCAUCAAGAACAGCAAAUGUUGCGUGAGCUAAUCCAGGCAACAUCCACAGCUCAGACGGACGUACUUCCGGUUAAUAGUGUGAUUAAAUGUGAAACACCCAUAACGACAGCAGCAACAACAACUUUAUCUCAUGAAAUGCCGCCAACACUUUUGGCCACCAAAGUUGCCGGUAUGGCUGCUGCUGCCGGUGUGACACCACUGCUGGUGGAUAACAACAACCCGACUGGUGGCAAUACACCAAAGACCGGUGGUGAUAACGAUGCUCAUGGCGGUGAUAUUGGCGGCGUUGCUCUCAAUCAUAACGAUUGUUGUCGAGGUAAUAUGGCUUCAUUAGAGCAACAACAUAAUGAGUCAACGCACGCCAACCAAAAACAUCAACACCACCAUCAGCCGUCGCCGCCGCCCAGUCAACAAUUCCAGUCGUGGAUCGACGAGCCACCACCACCACAGCAACAGGGUAAUAACAAAUUGCCCAAAGCACAGUCGGCCACCUCACACCAUCAGACAGCAACAACAAGCGAACCGACAACCACACCACCAACAACAGCAGCUACAGGUGGAGAACCACAACAACCAUCAACAUCAAGUCGGUCUUUGGCCACAAACAACAACAAACCAUCAUCUGAUUUGUCGGAAGCUGACAUUAAAUGUGAGGUUGGUGUUGUUACUGGCGAAGUUAUUGCGACCGCUAGGUCUGAUGAUAUCGGUGUUGGUAAUGCAUCAUCAAUGACAUUUCAGACACCUGCUAAUAACAUAACAACAGCAGCAACAGCAACAACACCAAGUACAAGUGGGGUUAAUACUACAGCUUCGAACAUCAUGAAAUUGG